UCACAUGCUCACUGCAAGAUGGCUGCUGCCACAGAGUGUGGGGUUGAUGCAAAUACUUCAGAAAACAACAUGUACAUAAAGAAAGCUCUGUCUGCAGCCUCUCCCCUCAGUCUGCGAAUUAUUGCUGAGUGCCCAGUGACAAAAGCAAGAGCUUGUGAUCUAAUACUGCCACACUGCGCCGUCAGCACCCCGGUUUUUAUGCCUGUCGGUACCCAGGGGACUCUGAAGGGAAUCACUGUGGAUCAGCUGGAUGGUCUUGGAUGUCAGAUUUGUCUUGGAAACACAUACCACCUGGGCAUGAGACCGGGCCCUGAUUUGAUCGAGAAAGCCAAUGGUUUACAUGGGUUCAUGAACUGGAAGAGAAAUCUUUUAACUGACAGCGGGGGGUUUCAGAUGGUGUCUCUUGUUGAACUCUCGGAAGUCACAGAGGAAGGGGUAAUGUUCAAGUCCCCCUAUGAUGGCAUAGAGAUCCUCCUCAGUCCUGAGAAAUCCAUCAGCAUACAGAACAGUCUAGGGUCAGACAUUAUGAUGCAGCUGGAUGAUGUGGUCAGCAGUACCGUGACAGGACCACGGGUGGAGGAGGCAAUGUACAGAUCCAUUCGCUGGCUGGACCGCUGCAUAGCAGCCAAUAAAAAUCCAGACAAACAGAACCUUUUCGCCAUCAUCCAAGGAGGCCUGGACUCAAAGCUGCGCAAGGCCUGUCUAGAUGAAAUGAUUCAACGUGAUGUUCCCGGUUUUGCUAUCGGAGGCUUGAGUGGAGGAGAGGAGAAGGAUGACUUCUGGCGCAUGGUCACACUGAGCACUGACCACCUGCCACGAGAAAAGCCUCGAUAUCUCAUGGGUGUGGGAUAUGCUGUGGAUUUGGUGGUAUGUGUAGCUCUGGGGUGUGAUAUGUUUGACUGCGUGUUUCCCACACGCACUGCAAGGUUUGGCUCUGCCUUGGUGCCUUGGGGAUCUGUCCAAGUAAAACAUAAGCAGUAUGCCAAGGACUUCCAGCCCAUAGACCCAGACUGCAGGUGUCCCACCUGCAAGAGACAUAGUCGGGCCUACCUCCAUGCUCUGUUCAAGAGUGACACUGCAGCCAUGCAUCACAUCACCAUCCACAACAUUGCCUACCAGCUCACCCUGAUGCGCUCUGUGAGACAGAGCAUUGUGGAAGGCCGCUUCCCUGAGUUUAUACGGACAUUCAUGAAGCGAAUGUUUCCCUCUUGUGACCAGUACCCCAGUUGGGCUGUGGAUGCUCUUGCCUCCGUCAACAUUACACUGGAAUAAAACCUGGAAGGCAGCUGUUGUGCUCUAAAUGGGGAUAAAUGUCAAACAGUGGCUAAAGAUUUUAUAUCUUUUAAAUGACUUUUUUAUGGAUGAUACUUUUAUACUCUUUGUUUAUAUUUUUAUAUGCAUUGUCAGUUUUGUUGACAAUGAAGAAAAUUACUUUUGAUCUGAAAGGAUAAAGCCUGAUUGUCUUUUUCAACAACCUGCUUUACUCAGCCUCUGCAAAUUGUCCUCAGAAUACACAUUAUGAUAAUCUGAGACUGAAUGGGGUUUAAAUGAGGUUUCAAACACAUUAACUAUCUCCACUGAUAUGCUCCAACACUUUUUGUUGUUACCAUGACUACACAGCCAGGCCCACCCACUUGGACUGUUUUGCCUGCCUGUCUUGUUUGUUAUGCCUGAGCGCAACAGAGGUAUUCGUUUUUUAUAUUAAUAAAUGUAUAUGUAUUUUGGUGUUUUAACCUAACAGACUAGUAAUUGUCAGCUAACUGCUUAAGGAGAUAAAUUAUUCUGGCUCAAUACA